AUGGUCGACAACGAGGCCAUCUACGACACCUGCCGCCGCAACCUUGACAUUGAGCGUCCCACAUACACCAACCUGAACCGUCUGAUAGGCCAGAUAGUGUCAUCAAUCACCGCCUCCAUCCGCUUCGACGGUGCCCUAAACGUGGACUUGACAGAGUUCCAGACCAACUUGGUGCCUUACCCACGUAUCCACUUCCCCUUGGAUACCUACGCGCCAAUCAUCUCCGCCGAAAAGGCCUACAAUGAGCAGCUCUCCGUUGCAGAGAUCACCAAUGCCUGCUUCGAGCCGGAUAACCAGAAAAGCGCGCCCGCUCCUUCGUGCACAGAGUUCUCAGAGGCACGUGAGGACUUAGCCGCUCUCGAGAAGGACUACGAGGAGGUCGGCGUCGACUCAGUCGAGGGCGAGGGUGAAGAGGAAGGCGAGGAAUACUAG